UCCACAUCAGUUUUUACAGAUUAUUAUUGCCUGACCAGGUCUGCCAUUUUCGACCUCUUGAAGCUUCUGCGUUCGUAGACUCGAGCUUCGAAAGGUUUAUUUGUCCUGGGAAUCCUUGCUACCAUCUUGUUGGUGGCCUUACCUGUGAUUCGAUAUGAGUUUUCCCGGUUCUUCUGUCGGUUCAAGCAGAGUUGCGGGAAGAACGGUUGAGUUUGGGAAAACUCAUGUUGUUCGGCCAAAGGGUAAACAUCAAGCAACUAUAGUUUGGCUUCAUGGGCUUGGCGAUAAUGGCUCCAGCUGGUCACAGCUCCUGGAGACCCUUCCCCUUCCAAAUAUCAAAUGGAUAUGCCCUACUGCUCCAUCUCGACCGAUAAGCUUGUUUGGUGGUUUUCCCUCCACAGCUUGGUUUGAUGUUGUGGACCUCAAUGAAGAUGCUCCUGAUGAUACGGAGGGAAUGGAUGCGGCCGCUGCACAUGUUGCAAAUUUGUUGUCUAACGAGCCUGCUGACAUUAAAUUGGGCAUUGGAGGCUUCAGCAUGGGUGCAGCAACAUCUCUUUAUUCUGCUACUUGUUUUGCUCUUGGUAAAUAUGGAAAUGGCAACCCAUACCAUGUCAAUUUAACCGCAGCCAUAGGCCUAAGCGGUUGGCUUCCAUGUGCAAAGACAUUGGCUGGCAAACUGGUAGAGGAAGAGGCCAAGCAUCGAGCUUCAUCCUUGCCCAUUUUACUUUGCCAUGGAAAAGGUGACGAUGUGGUGCCUUUCAAUUUCGGUGAGAGAUCUUCACAAGCAUUGAUCGCUCACGGUUUUAAGAACGUGACGUUUAAACCUUACAGCGGGCUUGGUCACUACACAAUCCCGCAGGAGAUGAACGACUUCUGUGCGUGGUUGACAUCGACCCUAGGGCUCGAGGGUUGAUCCUAAUUUCUUUCCGACCGCCUUGAAACUGCUCGGUAUUCAUAAGCUUUCGGGUACUAUAUGAUAUAAUCGGGUAUAGGUUUGGUUUCCAUCUAUCUUUUGUUUUUUUUAACGGUAAACUAACUUAAAAGACAGUUCAUUCAUUCAGCUAUUUCGGGUAUUCACUUGCGAGACGGUUAUGUAAGAAACUCGGAUUUAUUUGGUUCGUAUUCGAUUCAAGUGAUUUCGUAUUCGAGUUUUCCGAUA